AUGCCCAGGAGAAGCCCGAUAGGAGUGCAGAUGAGCAUCUGCGCACUAAAGCGCAACAUCUGCACAGGGCUGUCUGUGGGAAACCUCCGAUCUGUUACUCUCAAAGAGAGAGCCACAGGAGAGGAGACUGAACUCAGAGAAGGCGCUGCCGAUCAGCAGCAACACUGUGUGGAUCUGGAUAAACGUCUGAAAGAAGAGGAGGAGGCAGAGGAGGGAUGCCACCUCAGCGGGGAGACGGUGAGAUGUUCCGCCGAUGAGCAGCAGUGCAGGCCGGGUGCGAAGAAGCGCUCCCGGGCGGCCUUCUCUCACGCACAGGUAUACGAGCUUGAGCGUCGGUUCAACACGCAGCGAUAUCUCUCGGGUCCAGAUCGGUCCGGCCUGGCAGACGCUCUGAAGCUGACAGAGACCCAGGUGAAGAUCUGGUUCCAGAACCGGAGAUAUAAAACCAAACGGCGCCAGAUGGCAGCCGAGCUGGCGGCGUGCAGCUCACCGAAGAAAGUAGCAAUACAAGUGCUGGUGAGGGACAAUCAAAAGUACUAUCAGGCCAAUGGACUACAAAUCCCAGUGACUGUGCCUCUGUACCAGCAGGCCUAUCGGUACCAGCCCUGCCUGCACUACUACUGCCAGCCCUGGAGCCUGGGCAGCAGGUCCUGUGGGGGGAUGUUCUGAGCUGUUCACGGCUGAGGACACAUGGACAAGUUAGGGUCUCUGCACUCAACGUGUUGGCAGCUUUCUGUAUGGAUCAGGCUAUUGUCGGACUGACUGGGAUUGUACAUAUUAAUUUUUCUUGGUUAUUUGUCUAGAAGCCAGUUUAGCAUUUUGGCCUGUUUUUCUGGGUUUCUAAAAUGCCAAUGUCUUACAGCAUGACUAUUUCGAGCUAUUCAGUGAUUCAAGGCAAUUUAAAUGAUAAUGAUAAUAAAUAAUCAUUAUUAUUGUAAAAAUAUUCUAUAAGUGUUAGCUUUCAGUAAUAUAGUGUGGGCAUUACAAAGCUCUGUCAAUUGAUACAAUUAUAACUGUGUGAAAAAAAUGUUUUAUAUGAAAGGAAGAGUUGAGUGUGGUUAUUAUUUUGUAAUGAUUUACAGCAAAAUAAUUAUGUAAAAGCUAACUACUGCUGAUCUGUUCUUUAAAAAAACGAAACAAAAAAACAUUUUCCAUCU